AUGUACUUUUCAAGAGCAACUGUCGUCGCCGCCAUCAUGGCCCUGGCAUAUGCCCAGGAACCAGCUGCAGCAGCAGCUGAGAGCGCUGCUACACCUUCAAUGGCUGCUGGCAUGGGUGAAAUGAUGAAGGGAGGCAAGGGAAUGAACAGCACCGGCAUGAUGGGCGGCGGCGGCGCAGCAGGUGCUGCUGCAGCUGGAGGAGCCGCUGGAGCUGCUGCCGGCAUGACCAAGACACACGUCGUCAUGGUUGGAGGUUCAAACGGUAGCUUGGUCUUCCUUCCCGCCGACAUCCAAGCCGCAGCCGGCGACUUGGUCCAGUUCCAAUUCUACCCCAAAAACCACUCCGUCGUACAAUCAACGUUUGACAACCCUUGCGUACCCAUUCAAAACAUCAUGCCCAACAAGACCGACGCCUUCUUUUCCGGUUUCAUGCCCACAAACGCCUCGGCCGCUGCCUCAAAGAACCUCCUCACUUACACCAUUCGCGUUCCCGACACAAAGCCCAUCUGGUUUUACUGCUCGCAAGCCAAGCAUUGCCAGGGAGGUAUGGUUGGAGCUAUCAACGCAGCCAAAACCGGAAACAAAACCCUCGCAGCCUUCGCCGCUCUCGCUGCUAAAGCCCCUGCUACUCUCUCUCCCGGUAUGGCCUCUGGCGGCGCCGCUGGCUCUGGCGGUGCUGCCGGCGGAAACACGCCUACCUCGCCUUCUGCCGGUGGCGGCGCCGCGGCUGGUGGCGCUGGCGGUGCCGCUGGUGGCGCUGGUGGCGCUGGUGGCAAUGGCACGUCUACUGCUAGCUCUGGUCCUGCGCAAGCUACUGCUAACGUUGCUGCUGGUGGGUUCAACGCUCAGUCUUUCAGCGGCGUGUUUGCUGCGCUUGUGGCUGGGUUUAUGGUCAUGCUUUAG